UUGCUGUCUACCGUGAUCCAUGGACAAUGCCCCUCGCCCUCCUCAUUCCUCAGUCAGCUGCCUGCCUUCCUGUCUCCUGUGUUGUCUCUCUUCUUCCAGAAAGACAGCAAGCUGUCAACUAUCCCCAUGCGCGAGUUACUCGACGGCACUCCAGCUGCUGACGCGACGCCAUCCCCAUGCUGCGCUGGCGUCAUGUCAUCGGGCACGGUGACGGACCUGCCUGGGAGACUCUGCGACUCCUCUUCAUCCGUCUCGCUAUCCACAACCUCUGACUCCUCAUCCUCGUCUUCAUCAUACUCGUCCUCGUCCUGCUCAUCUUCGCCUCCGUCUGCUGGCUGCAUCUCGUUGUACACCGUCUUGCCCUCCUGCACAGCAUGUGUCUCCACCCAGUGGAAGUCCUCCCACACUAUCGUCUCCUUUGACGGAUCGCUCGGGUCGAGUAUAACCGCACCGGAUAUCCUGCCUUGUUCGCGGGGUAGGGUUGGUGUGCCUGAGAAUGCAGGCAUCUGUCGGAAGACCAUGCCGCUGUCCUUGGGGACGUUGUCGGGUGGAGGCUGCUGGUGAUGAUCAACAAUGUGGCUCUUGGGGGUGUGGAAGGGCUGCUCGUCUGAUGUGGACGAGAAGGCUGGCCCGCCAGAAGAGAAUGGGUUUGGGUCCGUUGCGAACUUGAGGAGAGAUGGGCUGCAGACAAAGAGACACAGAUGGAUUGACAUGCAUGUGUGUGGGAUGGACCUUGCUGGUGUCUCUGUGCAUAUCCAUACCGAUCAUUCUCUCUGCUUGCAGAGGCAGCGAGCUUCUGGGCCUCUCUCAGCAAAGCCGGGAAUCCGUCAUUGCUCACGGGUGGCCUGAGACGAGCUGGCUCGUCAUUUGACCGGCUCCGUCUCAGCAGCGACAACGUCUCCUUGUGUAACCGGGGCACAUUCGUCUCGUCAGCUGCCGGCUUGCCCUCCCUCUGCGUCGACAAUUUGGCCCUCGACGGCCUCGACUUCCCGCGGCCUUCCUUGGUCGUCGCACCGCCCACAUGCGACUUGCGAUGCCUCCCAGCUGCUGCAGCGCUGGAGCUAUCGAAGAUCGCCGGUGUGGAAACCGUGUCGAGAUGAAUGGUCUUCGACUGGGCGAUGAUUCGCCCGCUGCCCGCGACGCUGACGGUCGGGUAUCGGCUCUUCUUGCCGCUUUUGGGAGCAGGGAUGUCGGCCAUGAAGUGGCGGCCGCGCUUGAUGUUGCGGGUCAGCUGGAUGGCGUGCAGCAGCGGCACCUCGAGGGACUCAUCUUCCGGCCGUCCAUCCACGUCGUUGGUCUGGUCGGUGAGGGUCGAGCGGAUGUCCGUGUCGGAGGGGAGGGCGUAGGUGAAGUGGCGAACGAAGUUGAAGCAGCCGUCGCACACAGGAUACCAGAUGGAGACAUUGGGGGAACCUGCAAAGGCGGCAAAGGGACUACAAUGUGUCUCUGUAGACAGCAUGGAGGGAGGUGGUUGACAAUGCGUACUGGAUGAGGUGGCUUGGCUGAUGGCCGGUGGGGGUGCGGGUGAGUUGCCGCGGUGCAAAGGCGCCCGUUUGCCACAGCACGAAACGCACAGGAUCAGCCCACACCUCCCACAACACCUGAUAAACACACACACAUGCACAUCUGCACUGUAGGAGUGGUGUCUCCGACGCCCCAAUCUCGCACACACCUCCUCCUUGGGUUUGGUUGUGUGAAGGGAAAUGCGCAGAUCUGGCAUCUCUUCUGCCGCAGCACUCGAGCUGGAUCGGGGAGGGGCGAGGCUGCCAGAGGCGUGACGGCCCACCACUGCAGCUGCUGUCUCUCAGGGUCGUGCGGGUCAUAUGACAAACACCUGUCCACGCAAACGGAAGGACGCACUCGUGAGUCGAUGGGUGAUUGCCAGAGACGUGGGCAUGCUGCUCACCGGUACGUGUCGAGAUACCGUUCGACGAUCUCCAGCUGCAGGUGGUAGAUGCCCCGCGACGCCAGGGAGCCACGAAUCCCCCUACUCUUCCAACCUCUGCCGCCAUACUGGGCCAACAGUCGGGCCACAUCAAUACUCUAAAUUGAGAGACACACCGCAUCAUAUCCAGACGUCACAAAUAAUGUGCCUGUACAUUUGCUCACCUUGACCAUCGCUGCUGGUGGCCUGGCGUAGCCGUCAACCUGCGCACAUGCGGACCAACCAGCCAGUCAGUAAGCCACAUUGCAUUGUCACAAAGGCGUUCGUACCGAACGUGGGAAAGAGAGUGAGGGCUCUCCCGCUUUUACCUUGUUGGGCUGCGCGCCAAACCUCAGCAUGAGUUCGACCAUCUCCUUGUCAUCUGACUCCACUGCAAAGUGAACCACCGUGCGAUAUGUACCGUCGCGAGCAGGCACAUUCGGGUCCUUCUCCAUACCAGACAACACACACAGACACGCAGACAGGGAUGGAGAUUGCCGUCAUACAGUAUUCAGCGCAGCGCCGGCCACUCACCGCUCCGCAUCUGAGCAGCCGCUCUGCUGCCGUGAUGUCCCCUGCCUUGACACAUGCUUGCAGUGCCGUCAGGGAUUGGUAGGGCACCACCCGGGAGACCUUGCGAGAACACGGGAACAUGACGCCGCCCUCCACCCGCCCUGUCCCGCUGCCGUAGGACGACCCACUGGCGAAGAGAGGCUCAACUGGCCGCGUGUUGGUCGUGUUGAAGUUGAUGCGGAGAAGCUGAUGAAACAGAGACACAGACAGAUGCAAACACAGAAAGAUCCAUGCAUACUUUGACACCUUUUCUUACCUUGAGUUGUUUGAGUGUGGACAUGGCGACUUUCUCGUCCUCUUGAAGGGCUGCCAGGUGGAGGACAGAGCGGCCGGUGGCGUCUCGCAACAAAGGGCUGGCCCCCCUUCUGAGCAGGAGGCGACACAGGUCGGGACGCCCAAGCCUCGCUGCGGUGAGGAUGGGUGUCUCAUAGAGGAAAUUCACCGUAUCGAGCUGUAAGGAAAUCACGCACAAACAAGAGUGCCUGCCUGCUGUUUGGCAGACGACGGGCAAGUAUGCACAAAUGUACCUGCAGGUUAGGAACCUUCACGAGAAGUUGCAGCGUCCUGAGGCUGCCACUGAGUGCACUCAUGUGUAGAGGUGUAUUGCCCCACUCGUCGCACUCCUCAACGUCAUGAUGCGUCAUGAUGAGCUCCUUCAACACUGCCACAUCGUCAAUCAUGCACCUGGAAGAAUUAAAGGGAGAUGACUCACAGUCCAUCCUUGUCCCCGGCACCCCACAGCCAAAACUUACGCAUAAUGUACAGUGCCCUUCACCUGCAUUCACGAAGACGCACGCUCCAGAUGUGCCUUUCAGAUAUGUCUCUUUGUGGUGUGGUGUACGCACUUGUUGGUGUGCGAUGAGCGGCGUCAGCUCCGAUGGGCUCAUAAUGGGCCGCCCGGUCAGCCACUCGCAUAUCGCCCUUCUCAGGAACAUGACCCACGCUGAUCUGUCGGGAUGGCUGGCAAAGCACACCACAGCGCUGCCCUGCCGACUCGACAGCUCCAGACCGGAAAACGUCCCAGCCACCUGAUUCAUACACGGACACAUCCAUCCAUCCGUUUAUCCAAUAUUGUCUGUGCAUCCCGUGCUCACGGCUUCAUGAAGGCAGAUGAAGGUGCUUUCGUUGAAUGGGAAGGCCUGCUCCAGCUUGUACAGGCCAAAUUCGUUCAGCGCAUUCGUCAACAGAAGACAGUCACUGCACACAAACAGCCCGCCGCGAUGGAACUCACGCCGAAACAUGCCUUUCGACGGCCGCAGGACAGUGCCAUGCAGAAGACACUCCCUGCCGUCCACCGGGGUAAGGAUGGCCUCACUGCUGGCCUCUUGAAUGCGCCCCAGCACACCCGCUGAGGCCCCCGCCCCUCUUUUUUGCGAUAGCUCGUCAAAGUAUUGCUGCGCGAGAGCAGGGGAGGAGAACUGAGCCGUCUUUGUCCAGGAGAAUCGUGCUGAGUCGAGGAGGGCCUUGAGGGAGGACUGACGACGGCGGGAGCUGCUCAUGAUGGAGAGGACAGGCAAGACGGGGGCGGUGGGGGGAGAGACGGAGUUUGCAUGCAUGCGACCAGGAUGUCUUCCCGGCCAAGAACGGCGGAUUCAUCUCUCCCGAUGGUGCGGUAAGAGAGAGGUCCGGCUGGCUUCGAUCACCAGUGUGUGCCCGUCUGCAUGAUGUAGACAUCAUGUCAUGAUCAUGAUGUCAGCUGACAUUUGUAUGUAUCGACACAGACAUGAAUAUGUAGCGUCUUCACAGAAAACAGGGCCCAGCACACACGCACAGUCACCCACCCACGAGAGAGAAUAACUGACCGAUCGCGUCCGAUCCGUCCACUCGCUUGUCCACACAUCACUCGUCCCCAUGACAUGAUGAGAACACCCCAGCAGUACGCCAUGACUGCCUCCCGCCCCUCAAAAACAGGCUACCAGCCGGCACCAAUGCAACAGACAAACUAUGACACAGCCGACCAUCCACCCGCACUGAGGGCUCGUUGCGCCGGCCAGCUCGUCGGCGAAGCGCUCUUUGGCCUGUGCGUCCGCCCGCCUCUUCCCCUCGGGAAUCGCGUGCUGAAUGGCGGUGACGAGCACGUUGGUGCCCUGGAUGGACGUCUCGUACGCCUCAGCGACCCGCUCGGUCGGAUCGCGCACCCCUGUGCCGCCAUACCGCGCCGGCAGCAGCAUGAUCGUGGCCUCGGUCUCGUCGAUGGACUUGCCGCAGAGGCCGGGCAGGUACGUCGUGGUGAGUAGGUGGCGAAGGGGCUGGAAGGUCUCCUUCUCCUCGCGGAUUACGCGCAUGACGAAGCCCCACUCGGCCUGGGCGACUUUGUCAUGACGGCGUGGGCCUGCUGCGGGCGCUUGGUCGCGGCACGUGCGACUUCCGUCAUGCACUCCUCCCACCGCUCCACCUUGUGCCGAUGUAGCCGCCCAGCUACCGGCUGCCUGUCGAACACCUCCACCCCCUCAAACACCUCCCGCGCCCUCUCCUCCAGCCACUCCCGCACCACCAAGAUGCCCCACAAGCGGCGGCAGACGAUCACCACCGCCCUAGGCAUAUCCAACACAACAGACUACCAGUCAUCGUCGCUGCUGGGGCUGGG